AUGGCGAAGAAGGCUAAGGCCGCGGAGAUUCAAAAAAAAAAAAAACGCAAGGAGAUCGAGCAGUAUGAGGCAAGGACAUUCAACAGAGAAAUCAGCAACAAAAUUAGGAGGAAAAGUUUCAGCCUACCAAGAGUUAAAAGAAAUGGAAUAAUUACGUAUGAUGAUGAAGACGAUGACAAUUACCAUGGGGUGGGAGGAGGAGGGGGAAGUGAUAAUCCAAGCGAAGAACAGAAUAGAAAGAAAAAUAGAAAAUUCCAAAGGGGACAACUGAAGCUGAAGAAAAUGCUAGAAAAAAUAAAGAACAAGAAAAAAAAAAUUAGAAAUCCACAGGAUGAAGAAAUUAUCAAAAUUGAAAACAAAAUGAAACAUUGCCAUGAUAUCAGAAAUGAAGUAGCCGCCAUUUCGAAUAGUAUCAUUGGGAAUCAGGACAUGCAUAUUGAGAAGUUUGAUUGUCUCUUCUUCAUCUGUAGGGAAAGCUUAACCAGAGGGCGGGAAUUGCAGAAGAGGGUUACUACCGAAAAUGGCACCGUUGCACGCGCGGACUGCAAAGCAAAUACCGACGAAGUGGACAGAAAAAUCAGGUACUACCAAAUGGUAAACGCAUUGACCUGUAUAUCCAUCUGUACGGUGCUCAAGUGCGUAACCCCUUCAUACAAAAUUAUCGGUGGUGAAAAUAUCCCAGGGGAAAAGAAAGGUAACACAGAACAUACAUCUUCAAUAGGCGAGACAGAUCAUCGCGUAAACACCAAUGGAAAAGGUGGAGGUUCCAUGAAGAGCCUGUCCAAGCUGAUGAUAAAUGUAAACAACAUAGAGCAAAAGAUAGUGCACUACUUUAAACAAUUCUGUACCAUGUUAAAAGAAAAUAUUCGCCACAAUGUAACUCUGUUUGUGAAUCUACUAUGCGAAAUAGUUACAGUCAAUUUGCACCUCUCCAGAAGUGAAGCACUUUUUGAUUACCUCACCUUGUAUGCAAAUAUACAUACCUACUCGAAGAAGAAAUAUAAUACCGUGGUGGCGAGAAGAGGAGCACUCACCAAAAAAGGGAAGACAAAUGUACACCUUCUGUGCAUGAAGUGCCUCAACACUAUUAAAGAAAUUAUCGAGAAUGACUCCAACUUAUCGUUUACCAUAACGUUAGUGGAUUAUUUUACUAACUCUCUUUUUAACAGGGAGGAAAAUGUAAGUCCGAAUUUAUUAAAAAUUUUCUCUCAUAUUAGCAUCGCUGAGAAGAAGAUCAACGCAAAGUUAUUUUCUGGUGAAGACCUAACUGAUGGUGCAUUUGGAAAACGGAAGGAUGAUACACUGAGGACGAAGACGAACGUUUGUGGAGAGUUAAAAAUUAUUGAAAAGAAUACGGAGAAGAUACUAGAUCAGCUAUUUUUAGUUUACCUGUGUGUGUUAAGGGGUUAUAAGAAGCACUCCGUGGCGUUGGUGAAGAACGCUUUACAGGGUAUAGCUCAUUAUGCGCUUUACGUGAAUAAGCUCCUGAUGGAUGAUGUGUUUGCAGAGGUGAAGGCGCUGGCCAUGGGGGGGGAAGGAAGCCUUGGUCAUGAUGGUGGUGUUGGAGGCGUUGGAAAUGUUGAUAGCGUUGAUCGCGUUGAUCGCGCUGUUCCUCCCACCCUGAGACUCACCUCCGCGCGCAUUUUCCUAGAAAUGAUAAACAAGGUGACGGAUGACAGUUUCUAUAUUGACUGCUCCUGGGUGGCGAAUACCCUCCUGUCCCUCCUGGACGUAUCCUUGCCUUACUUCCACCUCGGCUCGGUGCACUUCCUCUUCGAGCAUCAGAAUUUUGUGUAUAACAGUUUCGCCGAUUUUGGAAAGUGCAGUCAGAGUGAUUCCUUCUCAGAGGGAAAACAAAACGAUAGAGACAUGGAGAACGCAGAAGGGAGUAACCCUGUAGGAGGUACCGAAACAGGGGGAGUACAGAUAUCGUCCAAACACACAAGUGAGAAAUACAACUUUUGCGCAGAGCUGCUGUACUGCAUUGAGUUGCUCCUAAAAACAAAAAGCUUCACCAGUAACUACAACACCUUUAAGUCUAACAACAAUCAGCUCCUAGCCCGCAUCGUAUUCCAGUUGUACAACAUUGCUAUGCACGCAGACUACAUAAUUUCUUUCUGUAUUCUGCGUAUUGUCCAGAAUAUUUUGGAAAAGUACCCCCUGGUCAGAUCUAUUGUAGAUGAGGAAGGAAUUGUGAUAUCCUCUAUGAAUGAUAAUUUAUCCAUUUCUUUUUCGAAUAUUCUGUUUCAUUCUUCUUUUGUUGAAGAUUUAUCUUCCUUAGCCUUGGACAUCUCUUCGUAUGACUCUGACGAAAGUAGGAAGAACGCCCUUUUGAGUAGCUACAAAAUUCACCACAUGCAGAGGAAGGAUCCAAAUAGAGUAAUCCAUUUUAAUCUCUCCUUGAGUGAACCCAGAAUUGUGGAUGCGGACACAUUUAUGAAGUACACUCCAGAUAAAUGGGGUAGUGAAUCUACCCAGGGUACCUUUAAGAAGUUGCCUCCUUCCACCCACGAUGUCACUAAUACGGGUUUUAAGAAGGCAUCCUUUGGAAAAACUCUCCUUGAGAAGGUGCCCCUCAAAUUCAUCGGCACAAGUGCAAAUUUGUCUGUUAACCGCAUCCCCUCACAUAUGCUCACCGCAAUGGACUUUGUAGAAAUUGUUUUUUCUCCCUACGAGGAUUUGAUCACAUAUUUUGAAAAGGACCGCGGAAAGGGAGAAGGCGAUUCCCUCGAUGUAGGUAUUUCCCCGAACAACAGUCACGUCGAGGAAAGCACCACAGGGGAAAUCAUCAAAAAGAAUGAUAAGGUAAAUCGAAGGAAAAUUUGGAAAGGGAAGAAGAAGCAACAAAUGGGGAAGACAGGCAAAAAGGCAGAUUGA